UAUUUCUGAUAUUUCAGUUUUCUUCUCGUUUCGCGUCCUUCUCUCUCUCUAUUUCGUCUGUCCUCUGAGUCUGAGAGAGGGCAAGAGACAGAGAGAGAUGAGUACGCUGCGACCAAGCUCAGUAGCAAUGCAUGGAGAAGAAAAUCAUGCAAAGGUCCCCGAAGAAGCACUGAAUCAGCAGGACCUUGAUGCCGGUGCUCGCUUUGUUCUUAAAUCCAAAGGAUCAUGGCUGCACUGUGGUUACCACUUGACAACAUCCAUUGUUGCUCCACCUCUCUUGAGUCUUCCAUAUGCUUUUACCUUCCUCGGAUGGACGGCUGGGAUUUUCUGCGUGCUUAUUGGAGCCCUAGUGUCCUUCUAUUCCUACAACUUGAUAUCCAUGGUUCUUGAACACCAUGCUCAACUGGGUCAUCGCCAACUCAGGUUCAGAGAUAUGGCUCAUGACAUCUUGGGACCAAGAUGGGGUUGGUUUUAUGUGGGACCAAUUCAGUUCAUGGUUUGCUAUGGUGCUGUUGUUGCUUCUACUCUUCUGGGUGGACAGUGCAUGAAGACAAUUUACUUAUUAUCGAACCCAGAUCAUGAAACUAUGAAGCUAUAUCAAUUUGUGAUCAUAUUUGGAUGCUUUAUGUUGAUUUUGGCUCAAAUCCCAUCUUUUCACUCAUUGAGGCAUAUCAACUUGGUAUCUUUGGUUCUCUGUCUUUCCUAUAGUGCCUGUGCCACUGCUGGUUCCAUUUAUAUUGGACAUUCAUCCAAAGCACCAGAGAAAGACUAUUCUGUAAUGGGUGAAUCUGAUGAUCGCAUCUUCGGUAUCUUCAAUGCCAUUGCCAUCAUUGCCACAUCGUAUGGAAACGGAAUAAUUCCAGAAAUCCAGGCAACGAUAGCACCUCCAGUGAAGGGAAAGAUGUUCAAAGGACUGUGUGUAUGUUAUGCAGUAGUGGCGGUGAAUUUCUUCAGUGUAGCCAUCUCUGGCUACUGGGCAUUUGGUAACCAAGCUAAGGGCCUCGUACUCAGCAACUUCUUGGACAUUAAUGGCAGACCUUUGGUGCCGAAAUGGUUCGUUCUCAUGACUAACAUCUUCACCAUUCUCCAGCUAUCUGCUGUUGGUGUGGUAUACUUGCAGCCCACAAAUGAAGUGCUUGAGCGUGCGUUUGCUGACCCAAAAAGCAAAGAGUUUUCUCCUCGAAAUGUUGUCCCCAGGUUGAUGUUUCGGUCACUAUCCAUUGUAAUAGCGACAACCAUAGCAGCAAUGCUUCCAUUCUUUGGAGACAUCAAUGCGCUAAUUGGAGCUUUUGGGUUCAUUCCCCUUGACUUUAUAUUGCCUUUGGUGUUCUUCAACUUGACAUUCAAACCAUCCAAGCGGAGUCCCAUUUUCUGGUUGAACAUCAUUCUCGCAGUUGUUUUCUCCACCUUGGGGCUCAUUGCAGCUGUUGCAGCAGUUAGACAAAUAACCCUUGAUGCCAAAACCUACAAGUUAUUUGCUAAUGUAUGAUCGCCCAACCCAAAGUACUUAUGCAUGUAUCAUCAGCUGAUUGGCUGAAACCUACGCAAUACAUUCAAUUUAUUAAA